GGAUCAGGAGGAGACAAUAGUAUGACAAAGACGAAGGGAAAAGGGGACGACAACAAUGGCGGUCAGUAUAAGAGAGGACUAUGGACAGUGGAAGAAGACAAGAUCCUCAUGGACUAUGUUAUGGUUCAUGGCAAGGGACACUGGAAUCUCAUUGCCAAGAGAACAGGGCUGAAGAGAUGCGGGAAGAGCUGCAGGCUGAGGUGGCUGAACUACCUCAGGCCUGACGUGAAGAGAGACAGUUUCACCGAGGAAGAAGAGGACCUCAUCAUUCGACUCCAUAGGUUGCUUGGCAACAGGUGGUCACUGAUUGCAAAACGGGUUCCGGGCAGAACGGACAACCAGGUGAAGAAUUACUGGAAUACUCAUCUUAGCAGAAAGCUAGGUAUCCGGAAGGAAGGUGCUAGGGUUGAUUCUGCAAGGGUACUUUCGGAAGCAUCCAAGGCGUCGAGCAGCGUGAAUUCGACUGAUUUUGCGUGCACGAAUGAUGUGGUGGGUGAAAGCGCCGAGACGACCAAGAUGUUUGUAGAAACUCGAGAGUCUUGUCAUCAGCGUACUGAAGUUCACCAAGAACAGAAUAUGAUGAGGGAAAACUGCGGCAUGAACUCUCUCUGGGAUUUAGAUAGCGUGACAACGUUGAUCCAAGAUUACUUGAACAACGACCUCUCCUGGUUUAAUUCGUAAAACUGCUAUAUGUAAUUAUAUUCAUGCACAAAUGAGACGCUGCAAUGCAUUUCUACUGUGUCUCAACGCUGCUUCUUCCCACAGUAUCGAGGUUCGGACAUGUUAGACUGAAGCAUUUGAUGUUACUACUUAAAGAAUCACCAUAUCACACAUGGUAGAUUCAACGAUUUGUUCUGAAUAAAGUUAUCAUCGGCAGCUCUUGGCCAACA